AUGGUGAUCUACACAAAGGACAACCAUAAUAGAAAGGAUCUGACAAACCUAGACAUUUUCUUAGUUGCCAAAGAAGUCGAGGAAUCGCUUGCAAAUCAUGACACGACAGAGUGCCUGUCAUGGUGCUAUGACAACAAAUCAAAGUUAAGAAAGCUAAAAAGUAACUUGGAGUUCAACCUAAGACAGCAGGAAUUUAUUGAGUUGAUCAGGAAAAAUCUACGGUUACAGGCUGUCAAUCAUGCAAGGAAAUACUUUGUAAACCUAGAAGGUGAACAGUUAUGUCAUGUUCAACGAACCAUGGGCCUGUUGGCUUUCCCUCCUGAUACAGAGGUGUAUCCAUACAGGGAACUGCUGGAUCCCACUAGGUGGCAGCAGCUGGUGAAGGAGUUUCGCAGUGAGAAUUUCAAGCUGUAUCAGCUGAACAACUACUCCGUGUUUACGGUGACGCUACAGGCUGGCCUGUCUGCACUGAAGACUCCGCAAUGCUAUCAUGAAGACACAAUGAAUCCGGACUGUCCCGUGUGUAGCCAAUACCUGAAUGACCUGGCUAGCAAGCUGCCGUUUGCUCACUGCUCCCAGUCACGCCUGGUCUGUCAUCUGUCCGGUAAACCUCUGAACGAACACAACCAUCCGAUGAUGCUUCCAAAUGGCUAUGUAUACGGCGAAAACGCAUUGUUGAGCAUGGCCGUGGAGAAUGGAGGCAAGAUCACGUGUCCACGCACCAAGCAGGCGUUUAUGGCUUCUGACCUGGAGAAGGUGUUUGUGAUGUAGCAUAACCUGUGCUGUGGUGUGUCACUAGACUCGAGGUGCUGGGCCCAGCUCCUGCUAAUGUGUGUGCGACAGAAGCAUGAAGAUUGAGUGCUAUACGUACUACAUAGUACCUAUAGUUCCAUGCAUGGCCUGCCACCGUGGGUAGUGCCAUACAUCUUGUGUCAUCGUGGCCAGUUUCAUACAUGCUUUGUCGUCAGUUGGGAUAUUCUAUCACUCGCAUGUGUACAGUGGCUGGAUGCCUCAUAUUAUUAUUGUGGCUGUUGGUGUGAGAAUUGUCUUGCAACUUUCUUCAAGACUGUAUUCAUGAGGACGUAUCUCGAUGUAUAUAUAUAUGGGUUAUCCGCAUGCUUAGCAUACAUAGCAUAUGGUGUGCUGCAGGGAAAAGAUUGUAUCACCUCACAGGGGCGUGUACAGGAUUUGUACCAGGGGG